GAAGAAAGGGUAAUUAAAGUCAAGAAGAUAUUAAGUAAUCGCGAUGGCUAUAUACUUUCAUUUUAACAAAUAUAACUUAUUAUAAUUUGAAAUAGUCGAGGUUAAUCCUGACGAGUUAAAAAGAUAAUGGACUCUAGUGUCCUUAUAAAUACAAGCAUCAUCCUUCGUUUUUUAUCAAGAUAUUAAACAUAUUUUUCGUUACAAAAGUAUCCUUCUCUCUAUCACUCUCUUUCGUGAUGGAAGCUAAACACCUUCAUGACCAGCCUCAAGCUGAAGGAGAAUGGUCCACAGGCUUCUGUGAUUGCUUCUCCGAUUGCGGAAACUGUUGUAUCACAUGCUGGUGUCCAUGUAUUACAUUUGGCCAAGUCGCUGAGAUUGUUGAUCAAGGAUCAACCACGUGUGGUACGGCUGGAGCACUAUACACGUUGAUAAGUUUUUUCACGGGUUGCGGAUGUCUCUACUCGUGUAUCUAUCGUGGAAAGAUGAGAGCUCAAUACAAUAUUGGAGGCAAUGAUUGUGGAGAUUGCCUUAAACAUUUCUUCUGCGAACUCUGUGCUCUCACUCAACAAUACCGUGAACUCAAGAACCGUGGCUACAAUAUGAAACUUGGUAUUGAUUUCUUUAUACCUGGUUUUUUUUUCUCAUUUUGUAUUGUAAUCUCCAAACAUUCACAUUCACUAAAAUUAAUGUGGUAUUUUAGGAUGGGCCGGGAACGCACAGUUGCAACAGAACCAAGGCGUGGCGAUGGGUGCUCCAGUCUUCCAAGGCGGCAUGACCCGCUAAGACUCAUUCCUUUACAUGUAAUUUAUAUAUUAUAAAGUGAGGUCUAAUCUUCCGUGUGGAUUUGUGUAAUAUGCUUGUUAUGAUUUAUGAAAAUGAUUGUAUAUGUUUGUAUAAUACUCGGUCAAAGAUAUGUUACUUGGACUAACAUGUCAUUAUACGUCUGUGAUUUGGUUUGGUCGAGAAUGUAAUUGUGAGGUUGAAUAGUCUACAAAAAAUUUGCUUUUUUCUUUCAAAA